GCUCCGUUUCCACCUCCAUUUUCUUGUCCUUGUCUCAUUCUGCCUUUUUUUCCUUUAAUCCUUCAACAAGAUAUUGGAUUGUUUAAGCUCUAGGGUUUCGAUCAAUCCUAUUUUUCCAUACUAUAAUUAGUCCCAAUGCUCCCUUUCCUUCGGAUCAAUCGCCACUUCUUCGUUCGUUCCUUGUCAUCCCUCUCAUUUUCUCCUUCAGAGGUCCGGCCUUUUUCCAAGUUUUUGAUCCAUAGAUUGAUGCCGAGAUCUGGGACAAUGGCGGCGAGACUCAGCACAGCGGCGGGCUCGCCGAAGUUGCUCUUUAGACAGCUUUUUGAGAAGGAAUCGUCUACUUAUACUUAUCUUCUCGCUGAUGUUGGGCACCCGGAGAAGCCCGCUCUGAUUGUUGAUCCAGUAGACAGGACAGUUGAUAGAGAUCUGUCACUUGUUAAAGAACUGGGUUUGAAAGUGAUUUAUGCUAUGAAUACUCAUGUUCAUGCCGAUCACAUCACUGGAACAGGUUUGAUAAAGAGUCGGGUGUCAGGCGUGAAGUCUGUUAUUUCCACAGCUAGCAAUGCAAAGGCCGAUAUUCUUGUUGAACAUGGUGACAAAAUCUAUUUUGGAAAUCUUUUUCUGGAGGUGCGUGCUACUCCUGGUCAUACUUUGGGUUGCCUAACGUACGUAACAGGAGAUGAACCUGAUCAGCCUCAUCCAAGGAUGGCUUUCACUGGUGAUGCAUUACUGAUAAGAGGCUGUGGAAGGACGGAUUUUCAGGGAGGAAGUUCACAUAAGCUCUAUGAAUCAGUACAUUCACAGAUUUUCACAUUGCCAAAGGAUACUUUGUUGUACCCUGCUCAUGAUUAUAAUGGCUUCACCGUUAGUACCAUCGAGGAAGAGAUGCUAUACAAUCCUCGACUCUCAAAAGACGAGGACACAUUCAAGACUAUAAUGGAAAAUCUCAGCUUGCCAUAUCCAAAGAUGAUUGAUGCAGCUGUACCAGCAAACUUGGUUUGUGGAAUGCAAGAUCUACCUGCAAAUUAGCAAUUGCAAGAUCUAUCAUUUUAAAAAUUUGAUGACUCUUGAUGUGUUGUUGUGUACAUGCAAACAAAACUAUAUGCUUUCAAGUCUUCAGCACAAAUUAUGUGUAUGUGAGUGAACAUAUACGGAUGAGAAAUAAAUUUGUGCUCUUUUAUUUUUAUAUUUAUUUAUUUUUAA